AGAUUAAUUACAAAUUGUAUUAGUCUUAUUAAUAAUUUUAUUUAUCUCAAAUACUAUUGUUUAAAUAUGCGUAAUUAAUAAGAACAUAAAUGUAAUUCAAUCAUUUUUUAAUUUAUGUGAAAAAAUUUAAACUGAUAUUUUUUUUUAAAAAAAAGGAGGGAGUAUUAAAUAUUUUAGGCAUUAGGUGUUGAGUUAUUACCCGUUUAACACCUAACUAGGGUUUGUCCUGUUUUAAAUAGAGUAGUAAAGCCGAUACCAACCAGAUUUCGAGUUAGAGUGAAAACUCAUCAUCAACAUGGGCGUAAGCAAGAUGAAACUUAGCUGGUCGGAGCUUUGUCCUGAUUUGCUGCGAUGUGUUUAUGAACGUCUCAGUUUCACGGAUCUAAUUCGAGCUAAAUCAGUUUGUUCGUCGUGGCACUCAGCUUCGAGAGGCUUCCUCCCUAAACGCAAUCAGAAUCCAUGGCUGGUUCUCUUCCCGAGCAAUGGCAGCCACGAUAGCAAUGGUACUUGCUUGUUCUUCGUUCCGGAGGAUAAAGACAAAGUCUACAAAACCAGAGAUCUUGGUGUUGACUUUGCUCGGAGUCGUUGUCUUGCUACUUACGGUAGCUGGCUCUUGAUGAUGGACAACCUGUGGAAUCUCAACGUUCUGAAUCCCUUAACCGGUGAGAGGAUUGACUUACCUGCACUUACAGAGCCUGUAGUGCCUGAAAGAUUUAGACCAAUGUUGAAAUCUAGUUUAGCUUGUCUCUGGAUUGACAAGAAAACCAAAGAUUACCUAGUUGUCUGGACGAUGGAGCACUUCCUGGUCUUUACCAAGAGAGGGAUUAACACGUGGCGAAGGUUUUCUUCUAACUACGUGGGAGGGACCACGGGGUAUGUACAAAUGGUCUACGAUCACAAGGCUCAAAAGCUCUACGCCCAUCGUCUUUGUUAUGGUGACAUCAAGAUCUGGUGUUUCUGUGGAGAUGAUGAGCCGCAAGAAGUUUUUGAAGCCGAGUCUGCUUGCCUUACUGGCUUCAGUUAUCGCGAUUUCCUCCCUAAUAGGUGGCGAACAAAUGGUUUUGACUUUGAAAAAGAAGCAGGUUUAUUCACGGCUGAGUAUGUUAACGGCUGGAUAAACAUUGCACUCACGGUAUCGGGACAAGUCCUCAAGGUAUCUACUGUAGUGCAACGCUCCAAGAGAUGGCUUUUUCGCAUUCACCAGAUAUCUCAUGUGACCAAAAAGUGGAAAGAAAUUGAAUCUUUGGGAGAGAAAGCAUUGAUAUUAGACAUGGGUAUCACUGUUGUCGCCAAAGACAUCCCAGGGAUCAAAAGAAACUCGAUCUAUUUCAGUGGCGUUGGUGAUGGCAUAGAGGACCAGGACAACAUUUUUGUCUUUGAUCUAGCCACCCAAAACAUCCAACGUCUGCCACAGUGUGUUUUCUCUCCCAUUCACUUCUCUGAUGCUCGAUGGUUCUUUCCCGGUUUAAGAAAUUAAUCUUCUUGUAAGAACUUUUAAGGAGGAGAGUUUGAGAAGGAGUUUUGCAUGGCAAAAGAAUACUAUGAAGAAAUAAGAACAUACUAGAUUUUGACCCGCACUUUGAAAGCGUGGAUUUAUUUGUUUUUCAUUUAUUAAUCGAAAGCUUAUUUACAAAUUACCAUUAUUUUUGCUUCGAACCACAACAAUUGAGUUUUUAGGUUUUUAUCAUUUGUUUUUUUUCCUCUUCAAAAUAUAGUAUUUGUUCGAAAUAUGGUAGUUGUUCUAUAAUAAUGUUUGAUUUUUAAGAUUUGUUUUUAUAUUUGACCUAGAUUCAUGGUUGAACCUAUAGACCCGAUACUUUGUAUAUAAUCCGGUUCAGAUUUAAUGAAAAAAUCGUUAAAUUAAAAUUCUGAUAUAACCCGGUAAAAACCCAAAAACUCACUACUAGCUUGCGAUCUGAUACCAUUGAUCCGAUUACAAAAUUCUGAUAGUACUUUUUUAAAAAAUUGAUUAAAUUACUCAUAUAUUUUUUAAUAUUACAUAAAUUAGUGAUUCCUUAGAAUUUGAUAAAAAUUUAUUAUGCUAUCCAAAUAAAAAAUGAUAAUAUAGAAAACCUUAUUGAUAUGAAAAUAUUAGUUUAUUUUCGUUAUUAAUAACCUAUUAUAAGUUUGUGUUUUUAUUUUAGAUUUAAAAAUUGAUUUUAAGAUAGUUUUUAAAAUAUUCUAGAAUACUCGUAAUUGUCAUAUCAAUAUUAUGUAUAAAAUGACAUUAUACAUAGAAAAAUGAUAUUCAAAUACGUAUAUGAUAUAUGGUGUAGGAUAUAUGACUUUGGUUUGUAUUGAAAAUCUGUAUAAUAUUCAAAUGAUAUAUUUUGAAUAUUGAUACGUAUAUUUAAGAAAAUAAUAUUUUCACGUUUCUUAAUUUAUUUAUAGUUCAUAAUAUAUUUAUACUUAUAUUAAAUAUAAAGUUAGUAUAUCUUUUAAAUAUAUAUAUAUAUAUAUAUAAGCCCAUUAUUUAUAGAUCCAUUUAGGUGUAUCUGUAGGCCCAAAACCAAAAGACUUAAAUGCCAUUAAUGAAUUUUAUUAAUCAUUUGUAAAAAUAAGGGUAUUUUUGAGAAAAUUGUAAUUUUCAUUAAGGGUAUAAUUUGGGAAUGAUCCUCUUUUAAUGGUACUAGGAUCGUGUCCGCGCUACGCGCGGAUAUUGGAUGAAGUUAAAAUUUGUAUAUGAUUAUAGUUGUGGCUGUUUCUGGUUGUUGUUAAAAUAGAUUUAAAGUAAUUAUAAGAAUGAAUAUAUGACACUAAGUUUUUUAAGAUUGAUUGUUCAUUUUUUUAUGCGAAUAUAGUUGGAAGUCAAUCGAUAGAGAUGUAAAAGUAGAGGGGAGUUGAUAUUUUUGGUUGUGUAAAGUGGUUUUCUGUAGUAAUGGAAAUUAAAUUAACGUGUUGAAAAUUAAAAAUAUGUAAAAGAACUUCGUAAUUGAGAUAUUGUUUAGCAUUAUGGUGUUUUGAAUUUGAACAUAAUCUUUUAAAAGUGUGUUUAGGUCUUUCAUUAAUAAACUAAUUAGAAAUUUUAUGAAUUACAUGGAAAAAAGGCCCGUUGAAAAAAACUUAUGAACGAAAAACCAGAUAAAUUGAUCGAGAAUUUAAUACUAAGGUUUUGUUGUGUUACUUUCAAAGUAUAACCUACCAGAUCAAACUAUCUCUACCCUUAAUUUUGCACUUAAUAGUUAAGAUGUUCUGUCCGAAUUUUAGACAAAUGAUUUCUUGGAUUCCAAAGAGGGGUGAUUGGGUUCGUAUGUGUUCGAGAAUUCUAUAAACGCACAGUAAAGUUGUAAUUUUGAUUUACCUCCAGCAGGUGGAGGAUCAUUGUGGUUUGAUUUGACCACCAUGUUGAGGAAAACGACCCUUUGACGAAAGAAAUAAUUAGAAAAUGAGUCAGCGAAAGAGAGAGAUCUUGAAAUGUGGAAAUCCACUGAUUGAGUAACUUACACGUAAUAGUUGUAUCCGCCUUUCUUCUCGUUGCAAAUUUCUGAGUGGAAGAUGAUGUGAAUGUUAUGUGGAGCUGAGGUUGUUAACCGGUUUGUAUCAAAUAUGCAAUGUUACUGAAUUUAUUCGUAUAUUUUGUUGAUUUGUAUUGAUGAGACAAAAGAUUUUUUUGAACUUUCAGUGAUUGCCGCCGGUGAUUGUGGCAGGAGAUGUGCUACUUGCCUUUCUGAUAUUAUUGUCUACCGAGAAGAACAUUUAGGUAUUAUAAUCUAUUGAAGAUUUUUAUAUUUAAUGUGAUACGUUUAAAAUAUGAAAAUUUUGUGUGAAUUAAAAUAAUUAGUUACAGUCAUCAAAUUGAAGCGAGAGAAAAAAAACAAACAAUCUGACAAUAAGAGUUCAUAAUUGUCUUUGUUCAUUACUCUUUGUCUCUGUUUUAAGAAGAAAAGUUACAAAACAACAUAAUAGAUUUUGAAUUGCAUAACCAAGAUUCUGGUGCAAGAACAAACCACUAUAUUUUUUAAACAGACUUGAUAGCUGUCUUUAAUUUUUUUUUUUUUAGAAAUUUAAUUUUUAAAUAAAAAUUAGGAGCUAUAUUAGUCUACAUUUUGAUCCGUGCUUCAAAAGCACGAAUUUUUCGGUUAAUACAAAUGUGAUACGAAUAGUAUUUUUGAUUAUGAUUUAUAUUAUUAAGUUAUUAUAUAAAUUUUUUUUUAAAAAUAAUAUAUAUAAUUUGUCAAUUCUUUUAUUUUAAAUUUUGUGUGUACAUUCUUAUCUCACAACAUCAUCUUUAUAUUUUUAUGCAUUAUAUAAAAGUUAAAUUUGUUGGCAUAUGUUAGACUAAUUUAAAAAUAUAUAUUUGCAGGGGUUACAAAAUAUAUAGAAUAUAAAUGUAGUUUCUAAAUGUAAUUAGAUUUCUUUAUGUUGGACAUGUUCCUAACUUGAUAGUAUUGACUUGAAUUAGUAAAACAAAUAGAGAUUUUUAUAUAGAAGCUUAACAUGGUUCAUUUGCACGUUAUAAAUGAGUCCAAGACAUAUUUAUGUACACUUAUGUGCAUGCAGUAUCAUAAUAUUCCAAGACAUAUUGCCAUAAGUCAGGCCUCGAUAGUUUUUUUCUUCUAGCUUUACGUGUGAACACGACAUAUCAGCCCCUGAGUCACCUGGAUGGGCUGAAGAAAUGCAUUGUAUUGGAUGAUGUGAAAGUACAUGCUAAUUUACUGCAACACACUCAAUUUCAUUCACACAACAUAAAUUCUAACUACGAUUUAAAAAUGCUACUAUUUUCGCACCACCUUGUUUCCGACUGUUUUGUUAUGAUCCAUUUCUGCAAAUGGAUAAACUUUAUUGGAUUAAUUAAGAAUUACCGCUGCAACUGAAAAUUUUGUCUUGAUCUCCAUCGCUGAUUUGGAUGUCUUCACUUGGGAGCGUUGCUGCUUUGAGCUCCUCCAACUGAUCUAAGAUCAAACGUCUUUAUUUUAUUGAAGCUAUCAAUCAUCUUUGGAGGCGUUAAGCAACCAAAGGUAGAACAGUUGAGUCUAUGUUUUCGUACGUUUAUUUUUUUUUUGGAAGAAGAGCCACCACCAUCACCACCACCUGCUUCACACUCCGCUACAUCUUCGUUAUCAGCUUUUGAUCCUUCAUCAGUCGCGUUCGAAACAUAGGAUGCCUUUGUCUUCUUCUUCAUCUAGUGCAUAUCAACACGUGCCUCCUCCUUUAUUUUGCUGCUUCCUGCUUCUUUCAUCGCCUUGUCUUCCACCCACAGAGGCUUCGUGGAAGCUUCAGCAUCAGCGGUUGGUGCUUUGGAGAGGUCAUUGAAGAAAUUCUGUGGAGGAGGUUCAGAACUCUGCUCUGCUGCUGGUCUCUGAGAAGUUGUUGGAUGAAGAAAGUUCUUAAAGUCAUCAAUCACUUUAGCGCUUCUAUCACCUCCUCUUUCUAGAUUGUGAUUCUCAGAGGAGGUUCCAGCAUUGUUACCUUUACCUUUCCCUCCACCACAUGAGAGACCCAAGCUGAGCUCAAGCCCAUUAUCAUCAUCCAUUUUUUUUGUUUCACACUAUCCUAAACAGCUCAACAGAUCGUUACAACAUCCCCUGUCAUCUGAGAAAAAUCAUUAGUCACAAAAAAGGAACCCAAUCAUCACUUUCCCUUUUAAAAAUUUAUAACCCAAAAAAGGAAACAUACAAAAAGGUGUAGACUUUUCGAUCUGUUUACGGACAAAAAAACUCUGAAGACUCUGGUAAUGAUUAAUAGCACUACAAUAAGCAGAAGAUCUGUCAGGUAAUGAUGUUCGGUAAUAUUAUCAUAAACCUCUUGAAUCACUCCAAAGUACCAGACUUUGGAGUUUGGAAUCAUCAUAGAUUAGUAUCCAGAACCCUUACUACAGAGCUGGAGAGCCAAGUCAGCUUAACUUAGAGCCAUUUCAAUCACAAAGAAACUCAGAAAUCUUAAAUUGAGUCAGAGAGUGAACAAAAGUAAAACCUGAAACAAUGACGAUCAGAAGAAAAGAAAAAACCCUAGCAGCUUCGCGGCGUCGCUUUGUGUCUACGUUUCCAUACGUCUAUGUGCCAUUGCUUUUUUCUCCAUCUUCUAACGAUUAUGAUGUGGAGAGUCUGUAGGGAUCUUGAAUGGAGGAUUUAUGGGAGCACAUUGAAGUACCAGCACUCACAUCCGAGGCGUUAUGCGGGAGGAGCUGGGGGAGAGGAAGAGAAUCAAUGAAGGGAUGAGACGGCGAUUAGGGUUAGGUGGAGAAGGAGCCAUAUGUUUAGAACACGGGAUUGUGCGACAUCACUGUCAAGAGAAACUCGGGAUUGGGCUGCAAGAUGGGUCAAAUGGGCUCUGAAGGUCACUAAUUUUUUUUAAUUUCAAGCCCAGUCCAAAAUGACCUGGCACUUUGAUUGGUCAUGAUUAUUUUGACCAUGUGGAUAGCCUUAGGAAGCUCAAAUUUAGCUUCUUUUAUAUAGUGGGAUUGAUAAUAAAAUUAAAUGGGAUUCCAAAAAUCCAGUUAAAAACAGAUCGAUAAAUAUGUUUGCAUAGCCAUUAAAUGAUAAUCUUUCCAUGGCUAGCGGCAGAGCCGCCCUGAAAUUUAAGAGGACAUAGGCUACUUAUCAAAGAUUUGAACUAUUUUUUUUUUACAAAGUUGGAAGCCUAAAUUUUUUUUUUUUUUGAGAAUUAUGCUUAUAUCACUUUCUUCAAAGAUUUUGGAGACAUAAUGCCAAUGUUUCAUUCAAUUUUGGCGGUUACCCUGAAAGUCAUGUUUGAUUCAAUUAUAACUUUUCUUUCAUUGGUUUUAACGAUCUUGCACAUGUUUUGAAAAGAAUUACAUUAAAUGACUCGCUUUAUAAAGUUUAUUAUUUGGAUCAAAUUUGAUCUAAAGCAACUACAUCGUCAAAAUGGUAUGUAAUCUGGAUCUCCACAGUCUUAACAAUAGAGUGUGUUUCUAGAGAAGUUGAGAUUCUGCAUUCGGAAGCCACAUACAGACUCCAGCAGCUUCAAGCUCAAAACUUAUGCAGAAGGAAAGGAGAACUCAAAAAUAAGAAUUGGUUUGCCACAAAAUAUGGGAAAUAAUAUACUUGAUGCAAAACCCACCUCAUGCAAGCUUGGUUUAUCAAGAAAUAUAAAAUAAGUUUCUUGAGAUCUUAGCUAUACUCAGAAACAAAACGCACCUCACGCAAGCCUAGUUUUGAAGAGCUUAAGUUCACAUUUAUAUAUUCCAUAGUUUCUUGUUUGCAUCAAGAAACAUAGUCUCAUUGCAUAUGUUAUUGACUC